AUGGCCUGCCAGUGGCGUGAGAAAAGAGAGGUUCUGGAACCGAUGAUCUUUUGGAUAGUUAAGCUAUUUGUUCUCCUACUUCUUUACUUUCCGGUUGGCGUCCGUAGCUACGCCGAGGCUGAUGCAACCUCUGCUGUUUUAGAAGAACUUGGCAAGAGCGAUCUGCCAGUUCUUGUGAUGAUGCAUAUGCACGGGUGCCAGUACUGUCAGGACCUGGAGCCGAAUUUUGAGUAUUUAGAACGGGUUUUCCCCGAGCGUAUAGCACUCCUCAAGGUUGACGGCAAACGUGCCACGACCUUCGCGAGAGAAAUGGAUGUGCGCAGUUUCCCAGAGGUGCUUCUAUUUGACAAAAGUCCGCGCUCGCCGGGGUCGGAAGGUCAACAGACUAAUCUGGCGAUAAAGGACCUUUACAGCCGGUAUUUGGGCCGGUUCCACGGAGCGCGAGAAUUGGGUGCUCUGGCCUCUUUUGUCAGUCAGGCUACCGGCAUCAAAGCAUACUGGCCGGAUUCUCAGGUCCAGGACCUGACGCAUCCUUCAGCUCACGACUUCGACCUCCUGUGGAGUUCAGAAAAUGGAACCAUCUGCAUGCUGGUUUUCGUUACGCCGUGGAUGGACCCAGAGUAUUCGAAAAUGUUUGAUGGGGAGUCAUCCACCAGUCUUCUCGAUCGAAUCGGCGAAUCAGAAACAGCUCGCAGUCUGGGACUGCAAAUCUUCCGAAUAGAUGCCUCUAGUGCUUCAACCGCCGAAUGGACCCGCGUUUUCCGGAUCCAGAGGUCUCCAACUGUUGUCUGGAUGUUGCCCGGUGGGGAUUACAUUCGCCUGGAGUGGCCCAAACGGCCCUCUGAGCUCAGAGGCCGAAUGCAAGAAAUAUUGCAAACAUUUCUCACGCGCUGUAUUGAAGGCAGUCGGUUUUCGUCGUAUUGCAGCGAAUACCUGAAGAGUGUCCCCGGGACUCGCUUUUCGCAAUCAAGUUUAAACUCGCAGCUAUACGAAAACGAAACCGAAUUUGACAGCAGUUUUACAGCAUUUGAUAUAGAACACGAAGAACUGGACGGUGUAGAAUAUGGAGCGGAGGACGAGUGGCUCUUCGAUUCGUUACGAGAAAUAUGA